AAACAAAGAAACCGGCCACCCAGCUAAGGCCCGUUUGUCCACAGCUUCAAGGAGGCUUGAAUUCGCUGGCCAGUUUUAGUUGCGUUUGUUUUAAAUACUAUGCACAAGAACUGCUCUCAUUCUCAAUAUUUCUGGUUUUAAUCGAAUGGACAACAGCGUCAUGUCGUCCACACAGGACCCCAUGGAUGGUAUUUCUGGAGAACUUGCAAACAAUGCAAGCAGUCUCAUGGCGGCUUUGUUUACCUUCAUUGCUAUAUCCUGCUAUAAUGUCGUCGAGUUGGUGAUUCUAGUACUAUCGACCUUCCGACGCUGGAGGGGACUAUAUUUCUGGAGUCUGCUUCUUUCGGGAUGCUUUGGUGUUGUGCCUUAUUCAUUAGGCUUCCUGAUGAAGUUUUUCACUCACGCCAACUCGAUGGCGUCUGUGACAGUACUGACCCUUGGAUGGUGGGUCAUGGUGACAGGCCAGUCGCUUGUUCUUUAUUCGCGACUUCAUUUGGUUCUCCGUGAUGAGCGAAUCCUCCGACGUGUGCUAUACAUGAUCAUCGCCAACUUCUUUCUCCUGCAUGUACCGACAACCAUCCUUACGUACGGCUCCAACGUCAAAGACCGAUGGCCCAUGUUCGUGAGAGGGUACAACAUUAUGGAAAAGCUCCAAAUGACCGGAUUUACACUGCAGGAACUUAUCAUCUCAGCACUAUACGUCAUCGAAACAGUCAAGCUACUCAGGCUGAACUCGGACAACCACAAGCGGAAAAUCAUGUACCAGCUAGUCGGAAUCAACAUUUACAUGUUUGUCAUGGAUUUAAUCCUUCUGGGUCUCGAAUACGCCAGCUAUUAUGCAGUCCAGAUUACCCUCAAGGGUGCCAUCUAUAGCAUCAAACUUAAACUCGAGUUCGCCGUUCUGGGGAAACUGGUCGAUGUGAUUCACGGUGAUAGACGACCUGUCCUAAUCGGGGAUACCUUCGCUCUAUGCCCACUCCACUAUCUUAAUGAUCCCAAUUCAGCUUCGUCAGGCCUCACUGGGGAUUUGAAUUUCUAUGGUAUUUCUGUCCCCGAUAGAGCAACCAAACCAAGCGAGGACGGAUCAAAUUGCCCUCACCCAGGAAAGGUAAUGACGAUGACAGAGUUUUCCACUUGGAUAGAGUCACGAUCACCAGCAAAUGAGAUUGUAUAAUUGACUUAUAAAUCGCGAUAUAUGGCAUGCAACGAGGCUUAUGCUGAACUAUUUGGAUGACUUUUUUUUAUGAUUGAGCGUGUAUGACCAUGAUGUAUACAUAUCCAUACCUCUUGUCUGUUUCCAGAUUUAUCCAACGAGAAAUUAUUUUUCUAUGUACAUGUACAUGAUACCGUAGCUAUCAUUUUCGACUUUUCAUCUUUUCAUGUUGGCUUGUCUAGUAAAGACAGUCCAAAAUACCAAGUGAUGCUUUUAACCGUGGCGUGGACCAGUGAAAUCGACUUGGUGGCGCCGAUCUAUCUCA